GCAGCUUCUGCCUGGGCUAGUGCCCCUGCCUGCGGCGCCCCCAGCUCGCCUCCUUCCGAGCCGCUGCUGGCCCCGCGCGGCGCCUCUCCUGCCUGCCUGGCUGUCAGGUCCGCGCUGAAGACGGGACCAUUCGCCUGCCACCCACCCACCAGCCCCCAGGGCCGGAUUACUGGGAACUGGAGGGAGCCCGAGAAGACGAGGAAGGAGAGGAAAUAAGGCGAGAGGAGGAGGCGGUGGAGAGCUGGAAAUGUCCCUUCCCUGUUGCAAGCUGGUUAGAUACCUGUUCCCAGCCCUGCUCCUGCAUGGGCUGGGAGAGGGUUCUGCCCUUCUUCAUCCAGACAGCAGAUCCCACCCUCGAUCUUUAGAGAAGAGUGCAUGGAGGUCUUUUAAGGAAUCACAGUGUCAUCACAUGCUGAAACAUCUUCACAAUGGAGCCCGAAUCACUGUACAAAUGCCUCCCACCAUUGAAGGGCAUUGGGUCUCUACUGGCUGUGAAGUUAGAUCAGGCCCAGAGUUUAUCACAAGAUCCUAUAGAUUCUACAACAACAACACAUUCAAGGCCUACCAGUUUUAUUACGGUGGUAACCGCUGCACAAACCCUACCUACACCUUAGUUAUCCGUGGUAAAAUUCGUCUUCGUCAAGCAUCCUGGAUCAUCCGAGGGGGAACUGAAGCCGAUUACCAGUUACAUAACAUUCAGAUCAUCUGCCACAGUGAAGCAGUAGCUGAAAAACUAAGUGAGUUGGUGAACCGUACAUGUCCUGGAUUUGUACCAGACAACAAUCCCUGGGAGCAGGAUGUGAGCUACAAUUUGUGGAGAGAAGAGAAUGGCUGUGAAUGCACCAGAGCUCUUAAUUUUGCCAUGCAUGAACUUCAACUGAUCCGAGUAGAGAAGCAGUAUCUACAUCAUAAUUUAGAUCACCUAGUGGAGGAGCUAUUUCUCGGAGACAUCCAUACUGAUGCUACUCAGAGGAUGUACUAUCGGCCUUCUAGUUACCAGCCUCCUCUUCAAAAUGCAAAGAAUCACGAUCAUACCUGUAUAGCAUGUAGAAUCAUUUACCGGUCAGAUGAGCACCAUCCUCCAAUCUUACCUCCAAAGGCCGAUUUGACUAUUGGAUUGCAUGGAGAAUGGGUGAGCCAGCGCUGUGAGGUGCGUCCUGAAGUCCUCUUUCUCACCAGGCACUUCAUCUUCCACGAUAACAACAACACCUGGGAAGGUCACUAUUAUCACUACUCUGACCCCAUCUGUAAGCACCCCACCUUUACCAUCUAUGCCAAGGGGCGCUACAGCAGGGGAGUGCACUCUUCCAAAGUGAUGGGAGGAACAGAGUUUGUGUUCAAAGUAAAUCACAUGAAAGUCACCCCCAUGGAUAUAGCUACAGCCUCUCUACUGAAUGUCUUUAAUGGGAAUGAGUGUGGAGCAGAGGGAUCGUGGCAAGUUGGAGUACAACAGGAUGUUACUCACACCAAUGGCUGUGUUGCUUUGGGGAUUCGCCUACCACACACAGAGUAUGAAAUCUUCAAAAUGGAGCAGGAUGCCAGAGGUAGCUACUUACUGUAUAACGGCCAGAGGCCUAGUGAUGGGUCCAGUCCAGACAGACCAGAGAAGAGAGCCACUUCUUAUCAGAUGCCAUUAGUUCAGUGUGCUUCAUCAGCACCGAGACCUGAAGAGUCACCAGAGGAGAACAAAAUAGGCCGCUAUAGCAGCAGGGCACCAGAAAAGGACUCCAGUGUAUUUGUCCUUACCCUGAUGCUGUUUAUUUGUACUAUGUCACAUUGGAACAUUCUCAGUUGAAAGGAAAAAACUAUUUUUCAUGACUACAAAACCAGGAUUCCAUAUGACUGAGAGUUUUUCUUUUCAGAAAGAAAAGGACAUUUAUUUUCUUGAUGCACUGGAAUGCCUGAGAACUGUUGUUCUUUUCCUUAUUUUUUUCCCCUCCUUGAAUCAUGAACGGCACUCGUUUGAUGUUUUUGCUUUGAACUUCGUCCAGUCUGAUCCCUGGCCUGACAUGACUGCACAACCGUAAUUGCACUUUACGACUGCAGACUUACUUGGCUUUUUAACUACUAGGGUAAACCUAAAGAUCCUGCUUCAGUUGGCUCUGCCAUUUUGCUGUUGUGGUUCAUUUCCCCCCUAGCACUCAGUUUCUCAUCAGAAUUUAACUGUCAGGAAUCACUCUGUAUAGUAUUGUGUUAAUACUGUGAUAAUGGCUUUUGUCUUAUUCUUUAGGACUCUGCUGUAGAUAUGUACAUAUAAAGAAAUCCCACAAGGAUCUAUCUAAAUACAAUCUUACAGGUUUUACACAAAAGAAAAAAAAUAUACAAACUAUCCUCCUGUCAGAAGGUAAAUGGAAAAUUAUCUCUAAUUAAGUAACAUUCAAAGUAAUUUAAGCUAUUUUUACAUAUAAUUGUUUAACUUGUAAAAACAACCAAAGGUUUAGUGGGAUGUAAGUAUUUUUCUCAUUCAGUUACAUUAGGUAUGCAAUUGCUUCAGGCCUCCCGUUGUAUCUACUAACUAGUUACAAUAACCCCCCACCCCCUCCCUUUAAAAUCAGAUAGAGAAAACAUUUUUUCAUCAGGUAUGCACAGUAUAUGUAAGUUGCAGAAGUAUUAGUGGAUUGCUCCAUGUUGUUGUACUCACUACCCCUUAUACCCUCUCUAUGCAAUGUUCCUGCCUUGAAUUUCAUUUUAUUAGGGGUGGACAAAAUAAUGAAGGGGCUGGGGCCAUAACAGAAAUCAUUUAAAAAAAAAAAACCCUCUGCUAAAGAAGAUUAAGAAUUGUAAAGUGGCAGUAGGUAGGAAGUAAAGAAGGGAUUCUAGCAGCGCACACAUCAUCCAUGGGCCAAAUCAUGUCUUCCUCCUUUCAACUUAGAGAGCAGAGAAACAGCAGAAAAUUUGAAAAGAUGGAGCAAAUUUCACCAGCGGGAAUGGGGUUUCACAAAUACAGAGCACUCCCACCCUUCCUUUCAGUACACAAGCCCCUACACAGGGUCACAUUGAGUUU